GACGCUCAUGUUUCCCAUGAUUCAGAGAGACAAACAAAAAGCCCCUGGUCGCGUCUUGAUAUCAUUAAGUCAUAAAUAACUGUAAUAAUUAUUUUGAGACAUUUUUGAAACACAGUUGUUAUAGACCUGCGCAUUUUAAAUUCACUGUUUGACAUAAUCAGUGUGAAUGUAUUGAGCUGUUGUAAGGAUGUGUUCUCAUAGAGACCUCAGAGGAGCAUGCCACUGAUCCUGUUUGCCUUUGUGGUCCGGGUCAGGGAUGGACUCCCUCUCUCCGCCUCCACUGAUUUCCUGCAUGACAAGGAACUUCAGGAGAGAAAGCAACAGCUGAAAGUGAUCUCAAAAUCCCUAAGUUUAUUACCAGAGAGAGGGACAGUGAAGGGCCAUGAACUCAACAUUCACUUCCUCUCAUCCGAAGGCGUGUCCUACAUGACCGUAUGUGCAUGCAGUCUCCCUGCUGCCACGGCCUUCUGCUUCUUGGAAGACUUGCGCUGGGAAUUCACAGCAUGCUUUGACAACUCUGCAGUGACCCUGGCAAGCCGGCCGUACCCAUUUCUGGAGUUUGAUAGUGCCAUUCAAAAACUUCAGCAACAUUAUAACCAGAAAGGGGGUCCAUCUCUGGAGGUGACCCUGGCCGAGGUGCAGGAAGACCUCAGGAUCAGCCCCCCUCAGGUUCUCACCAUGGAGGACGUGGCGCUCACCAAUGGAGCAGCAAAUGGGCAUGUAGAACAAGCAGCUGCGUCAGGUCAAAGUCAGAGAUUGGAACCAAUCUCAGCACCAGGGAUCCUCUCACUGGUUCUUAACAUCAUGUGUGCUGCCCUCAACCUUAUACGUGGUGUUCAUCUUAUAGAAUACACCUUCCAGGAUGAUUAUGAUGGUUUGUGGAAUGUGGUGGCAUUUCUUUUGGCAUUUCUCUGCUGUGUUUGCCAGUGUCAUCUGUACUUGUUCCAUACCUGCCAGAAGAAAUUGAAAGCCUUCACUCUCUUGACUCUCAUCAUCUUAUGCAAUGCUUUUCUCUUUGGCCUGAGGAACAUCUGGCAGCUGGUCUUCCACAUGUCCGUGGCCUGCCUCUCCACGCUGCUAACCCUCCACCGCAAACUGCUGGACAAGAACAUGGACUGUGGAGUAUGAGGACUUCAGCUGUAGGGUGAGAUACCAGCAGAGGGGACAAGACUUUUUACUCAUCAACUGGUGGCUGGUGUAAACUGACAUUGAUUUUUGCUUUAGCUCUUGCUUUGAUCUAAUGUUAUGAUGUUUCUUUUGUAUUACAUGGAUAGUGAGUGCAAUGACUUUUUUACAGGGGUCUUCAAAUACACUGAUGCACAUCAAAAAUCAAGUUGUUAAUGACUUUGGGUGAAUGUAAUAUGGGGGAAUUGAUGAACAGACAUGAAGUAAGCAUUUUGCUGAUUCUGUUAAGUUAAUUUUAUUUAUUUGCUGCAAAAUAAGAAUACUUACCAUUGUUUAAGCUAAUUUAAUCCUAAUCUUUUUUUGUAGGAAUGGCUCAUUUUUUUUGUCAGUUUAAUUGACCCUUCGUCGGGAGUUUGAUUGACAGGCGAUCUAACCAAUCAUAACGCCGAAUCCGCCAUUUUGUCCGACAAAGCAGUGAGGGGAGUUAAUUGACCCUUCGUCGGGAGUUUGAUUGACAUGCAAUCUAACCAAUCAUAACGCAGAAUCUGCCAUUUUGUUCGACAAAGCAGUGAGGGGAGUUAGUAGAUUAACAUUGGUGGACUUGAAUUUGAAAAAUGAUGUGUACUGACGUCUUUCUGUGUUUGAAAUGUGGUUUAUUUGAUGAUAUAAAUUAACUAGUAAGAAGAGAUGAUCGGUUCAUGAGCAGCUUGAUCUGAGGCGCUACAGCGAUCUGUCACGACACAUUAAAGAGCCACAAAACGGUAUUUAUUGUUUAAAUUUCUUUAAAUUACAAAAUGUGAAAUUUGAGACUUUGUUUCAAAUCAAAAGUAACCUGCUCUGUCUUGUCUGUCGACGCGUUGUCAGUGUCUUCUUUGCUCCGCAAUGUAUUUUUCACUGCAUGAAAACGUGGCGAGAGAUCUGCUUGUCGGACAUAGCAACAGUAACUAUAGGAGGCGGGUCUUUGCGAAUGGUCAAUUGUUAUAAAACUGUAAAUUCUGGUGGUCUUCUUUCAAUAUCAGCCAUUUUAGGUUAUGAAGGAAAUUUGGUCAUUUAGCUAUUUCAAUCUUUUUAAGCUUAAACAUGAUAUUUUGUUUUUUAUUUUGGACAGUGACGGUUAGUUAUGGUUAUUUUUGUAUUGUAUUAGUACUAUAAUUUAUAGAAAAAGCACAUUCAUGUUGUUCAAUUAGUCUUAUGCCAUUUUUUCCACACAAGAUAAUUUUGUGUAGCCUUUCUAAAAUUUUCAUUCCAAAGACUAUAAAUCUAAAAUCAUUUCAACAAAUUAUCAUAAUACAGCAUUCAUAUAUCAAGUUGGCAAGAUGUAGAGAGGAAGAACAGGUGCUUAAAAAAUUUCAGGAACUUGCAACUCCACAUCUAUUUUCUUACCAAAAAAAAAAAAUAGUUUACUUUUUUUUUUUUGUCAGUAUACAUUUUACAGUUGAUUUAAAGAGUCUAGUUUACAUAUUAAUAUGUAAUUACUUUAUUUGCACUAUUAUUUUUCAUAAAAUAGACAAAAACCACUAUAACUUUUGUUUGUUUAUUUUGCAGCAGGCAGUAUUAUAAUUUGAUCAUGUUAAUCCUGAAUAAACUUAAUAAUGAGUUUAUUUUCAUCUUUUAUCAGUUCAAUAUGUUUGAAAUAAUAAGAAUAUCAUAUCAUCUUACGCUGACACAGAGUAUUAAGUUUGUACACUACAUUUCUGUUUAUUGCAAAUGUCAUGCACUUACUAUUAUUCCUCAAGCAAUCCACAUGGAAAAAUUUUAAUCAAAAGUAGUUUCCAGGCAAGUAAUAAGUGUAGACAUAAUUAUCUGAACGAUAAUCAAAUUCCUGAGUUUUUACAAGCAAGCUGCGCUUCUAAAUGUCAUUUUGCUGUGUAGUAGCAGCAGCUUGCAUGUAAAGUUUUUGUCAAGGAUAACAUUUAGUGCUGUGGUACGGUACAGUAUGUUCAUGUGUCAAUGCCUUAUUACAUUAUAUAAUUACAUCUAUCAAAACAGAGGAGUGAGAAUGUCUGUAUGAUCAUUUUAAAGUGUGUAAAUCUAAUACUAAUUGUAAUAAUAGUGAUGUAAGGGCUCUGUUUCUAUUGACUGAUUUUUAGGUGUUCUUUUCAGGGUAGCAUGACAAAGUAAAGCGACGUUCCGAUUUGUAAUUAUGGAUUCUUAAUUAUACAUUUUAAAAGAGCAUUUGAUUGAGGGUUGCUGAGAUCACAGCUCUCAGCCUUUUUAAUGGAUACAUAUUUACUCACUCCUCAUAUAAUACAUGAAGUAGUGUUUGUUGAAUCUAUGAGAUAUGUAUUUUUAUAAUAAUAGUUUUUCAUGUUGUAGAUGGAAUUAAUUGUUUAGCUGCACAAAUGAGAGAACCUGUAUUUAGAUGAAUUUGAUCUCAUGCAUUUGUGUCCCAUGUUUCUUUUAAAGCCUCUUGGUCAGUGAACUGUAAUUGUUGCUGGAGGUUAUUACUUGUAAAACUUAUUUACACUUAGCAUGAGACCAAUAUUUUCUUUCAUCAACCUACAUUGAUUCAGAUGAUGCAUACAUUUAAAACUUUUUUAAAUCAAGGACUGUGGCAAUUUUUGCCUUAUACCCUGCAAACACUUUUAGAUAGACUUUUAGAUAUUGUUUCACUGGAAAACUGCUCUUUUAACCUCUACCAACAUGAACCUCCAGCAACUACGAGUCCUCAAAAAUGUGAGCAGAUUUGUGUGCACUAUUCCCAUGUUGCAACUUGUUUGUUGCUAAAACGGAUUCAGACAUUUAAUAUAAAUCAGCAACUGAAUAUAUUAUAA